AUGUUGACUGAGAGGCAACCAGGGACACUCCCUAGCAAUACAGAGUCUAACCGGAGGGAGCACUACAAGGCUAUCACCUUGCAGUCAGGUAAGCAGUUAUCUAGUUCCUUACCUGUAGCUAAUGAUGAUGAUAUUGUUGUGCAGGAUGAGCCUGCCAUGAAGGAACCAGAACCUGAGAAGAUAAAUCCUAUGAGAGCUGAGGAUAGGAAGAAGAAUCUAGUGAAGGAGUACCAGCCACCUAUCCUGUAUCCAGCUCGACUGAGGCAGGAAAAGGUUGACCAGCAGUUUGGUAAGUUUCUAGACCUUUUUAAACAACUGUGCAUUAACCUUCCUUUUGUUGAGGCUAUUUUACAGAUGCCGAAGUAUGCAAAAUUUCUGAAGGAGAUAUUGAGCAAUAAGAGGAGACUGGAGGAUUUGGGAUUGGUGAUCCUGAGCGAAGAGUGCACCGCCAUUCUGCAAAACAAGCUGCCUGUUAAGAAGCAUGAUCCAAGGAGUUUCACUAUACCCUAUGCCAUUGGUGAAUUAACUGCUAGUGGUGCAUUAGCUGACUUAGGAGCUAGUAUUAAUUUGAUGCCCACUAGCUUGUUUGAUAAACUUGGUUUGAGUGAGCCUAAACCCACUAGGAUGAGCAUUCAGUUAGCCGAUAGGACUAUUAAGAUUCCUAGGGGUAUAAUUAAGGAUGUACUUGUUAAGGUAAACAAGUUUAUAUUUCCUGUAGAUUUCGUUGUAAUGGAUAUGGAGGGUGAGAGUGUUGUGCCACUGAUCUUAGGUAAACCUCUCCUUGCUACAUCUAGGGUCGUUAUAGAUGAAAUUUUUCUUGAUGACCCUUUGCAGGUUGCAUUGCAGGGAGAUGAGAGGGAGUUGUCCAACGAGCAAGUGUUAGAACAACUCGCUUGUUUGUUGGCUAGUGAGCACAACCGUUCUACUGACCCGUUUGUUUCUAUUGAUAGCUCUUGGGUGAGUCCUGAGCAGGUUGUACCAAAGAAAGGAGGGAUGACGGUGAUAAAGAAUGAGAAGGAUGAAUUGAUACCAAUAAGGACGCUGCACUAUAUUGAAUUUGUGCAGCAUAAAAAGGAGUUUGGACAAUUUCAAGAUGAGACUAGGGCACAGUUUCAGGGGUUAAAUUAUAUGCUCCAGCAGCUUAUGCAUGGACUGGAUAGGUUGCUUCACGGAUCCUGUGCCACCACCACCGCCCCUCCUUCAGUGCCUUCCCCUACUCCUCACCCCCCAACCGAUCCAACCAGUGAGGAUGUGCCUUUAGCAGACUACCAGCAGUGA